UAUUGCAGGUACAAGAGCAGCAGCCAGCAAGCGUACUUGCCCUGUCGGUUUCCACCCUUUGCCGCGCGCGGCCGCCGCUUUCCAGCACUUGUCAUCGUUGUCAGCUCAUCUCCCUCUAUAUAUCACGCCGCGCGCACCAUGACCGGCAUGCACAGGGCGCGGCCGGGAGCAUCAGCUAGCUCUCGUCAACUCCCCAGGCGAGCAAAACAGAAGCUAAUUAAGCAACCCAUGGCUCGAGUAGGCGGCGAUGCCGCCGCGUGCCGCUGCAGUCUCCCCCUGCUGCCCCCGCGCUUCCCCCUCGUCGUCCUCGUCGCCAUGCUCACCGUGGUCUUGGUGGCGGCGCCGUCGGCGAGGGCGGCGUGGGUGGAGGACUACCCGUCGGGGGUGCCGUGCGGGGCGACGAUCCCGGUGGAGCAGUGCGACCCGGGGGACGCGGCGGCCAACAGCGCAUGCAUGGACGUGUGCCACUACGGCGGGUGCCGCCGCGGCGGCCGCUGCGUGUCGCUCGGCUUCGCCAGGGGCCGCGGCUGCCAUUGCAGGUGUUAGCCUAGCCGCGCGGCAACUUCCAUGCUCUUGCGGUUUGCCAGCUGUUUUCUCCGGCCUUUUUUUUGGCCCUCUCUGUGUACUUGAGUGGUACGAUCUGUGCAAUAUUGCGUUGGGUGUUUGCACCUGCGCAGUCGGUGGCUUUUGUUUGCUUUGCUCCUGCGUCUUUCUGCAUGCACAGCCUAACGCCAAAAGCCGUCUCUCAGAUCGGAGUAACUAUCCGUCCCAAAUGAAAUUUAAACAAACUAGACAGAUUUCAUAUAAACUAAA